AUGGUUCUCCAAAAUUCCACUCUCACUGCUAUGAGUAUCUUGACCAUUUUCUUGAUCCUUUCUCAGGUCUGCUCCUUUUAUUCUGUUCAAGCAUUGUCUCUCGCUAGAGAUACUAUUGAUCGAUCAUCAACAAUUGAGAGACUGGACUUUUCUCAAAGUGCACAUACUCUCGACUCAGCAUCGUCAUUCCAGGUCGAAUUUGAGGUUCCUUAUGAGCGCCAACGGAUCACACUGAACCUACAGCCUUCGAGAAAUGUUGUAUCGCGCCUCACUACCGUUCAGCACAUUAAUUCCACAGACAACCAUGAUUUCGUCACUGAUAUUCAGAGUCAACAUCCAUUACUCUACAAGGGCGUAGCCUUUGUAAAUGACAUCGACAAGCAGGCGCAAAGAAGAGUAGGAUGGGCAAGAGUAAUGGUGCGAUAUCGCCAAGGCCGACAUGUCAUUGAGGGCACUUUCACAAAUGACGGUACUUACCACCAUAUCUCGCUGGAUUCGAAUUACGUCCAGGCACGACAAAUUCAGGACGGGCAACUCAGAAAGAGAUCUGAACGAAUGGUAGUAUGGAAGCGAACUAGGGAUGAAGGCGACGGAACCUUGUCGCAAAGAUCAUCUUCAGAUGAGCCGACAUGUCAGGCUCACAGAUACAAUGAUCGACGGCGCCAGACCUCUGGUGAACAGGAUACACACCAUCCUCUACUGGCCCGUCAAGACGUCAACGAUUGGUUUGACCCGAGAGAUGUUAUUGGGUCUACAGAUGGGUGCCCCAACUCCCGGAGAGUUGCUUUGAUCGGCAUCGCCGCCGACUGCUCAUACACUGCAGAAUUCGACAAUAUGCAGGAUGCUCGCGAUAACAUCAUUUCGCAAGUGAAUAUCGCAUCGCAAGUCUACGAAGACACUUUCAACAUCGCUCUAGCCAUUCAAAAUUUAACUAUAAGCGAUUCAUCUUGUCCUUCUGACGCACCACGAUCAAUGCCAUGGAACCUUCCCUGCACAGCAAACGUCGACAUAAACGACCGCUUGAACUUGUUCACGCAAUGGAGGGGCAGACUACGUGAUGAUAACGCUGUAUGGUCUCUCUUCAGCGCCUGUCGAAGCGGCUCAACUGUUGGAAUCGCCUGGAUCGGAAGUCUGUGCAAUCGAUCACGAGGAUCAUCAUGGGGGCGCGGUGGGACAGCCUCUGCGAACGUUGUUGUGCGCACUGCUUCGGAAUGGCAGGUCUUUGCGCAUGAGCUGGCGCAUAACCUUGGAGCUUCUCACGACUGUACAUCAGGUGAUUGCGGGACGUCAGGAUACUCGCCUUCUGAUGAUUGCUGUCCCCGAAGUGAGACUACCUGCGAUGCCCGAAACCAAUACAUCAUGAACCCGCAAAGCUCUCCCGGCUUGGAGGAGUUCUCACCAUGUACCAUCGGAACCAUCUGCACAGGCAUUGGCGAGGAGCACGUUGACACGAGUUGUCUUGUUAGUGAGGACGAGGUCCCCGAUAUUAACGACAGUCAAUGUGGCAACGGUAUCGUCGAGCCUGGCGAGUCAUGCGACUGUGGUGGUGAAGACCGAUGCCCUGCAGAUUCCUGCUGCAACCCUUCAACCUGUCAACUCCGCAGUGGCGCAGAUCUGCCGCGAAAGCACAGCCUCUUGCGAUCCCGAAGAGACAUGCGACGGAAGUUCAAGUCAAUGCCCCGUUGA